AGACAUAGUGCUGCACUCGACGACGUCCUACGAGAUGUUGUCGAGUAACGGAGCGAUGGGAUAUUGAAGCUUUCGUUCGCUUUGUAUAAGCAGCUGACUGUAGAAUUAUUCUACGAUAGCGUUGCGUCACCCCAGAAUGAAACUACAUCCUUUUUAAAAAAACCUUUCGUCCAUGUGUCUAUGCGGGAUCUUCGCCAUUCGAUGACUUCUCAGCCCCACGAUGGCCAUGCUACUUGUCCGCCGAACAUGAAAUUUAAAUGGCCUUAGCAGUCAAGACUCUGACUUAUAAACCAGGUCUCCCGAAUACCACAGCUUAGACCAAACCUUCACUCUGCCAAAUGAACCGUUGCGGCCCUUCAGUUUGGAGGCGCUUUUCUUCUACAUCUUCAUCUCCAACUUUCGUAUCCAAACCUGCACCCUCCAAAACGCGCCAUCACGUCCAAAUCCCGGAUACUUCCUUCCCGCAUGGCUACAGCCUUACUGGUGUACAUUGCGGCGUGAAAAAAAACCCAUCUGUCCUUGACCUUACAGUUAUACUUUCAACCUCUCCAAAACCUGCUUCCGCAGCAGCGUGCUUCACUCGUAACGCGUUUAAGGCUGCCCCGGUCCUCGUCAGCCAGGAUGUGCUUGAAAAAUGUGCCGGUCGUGCCCGAGCCAUCGUGACUAACAGCGGAUGCGCAAAUGCAGUGACUGGCAAGCAGGGCAUGGAAGAUGCUUGGGCCACGGUCAAAGCCACCGAUGCCCUUCUCCCAAAAAUGCAGGCUAGUGGAGAUGUCAAUGAUACACUCGUAAUGUCAACAGGUGUGAUCGGCCAAAACCUUCCCAUUUCCAAGAUUCUCUCCGGCAUUUCCUCUCUUGUACCUCCAAGUCUAGGUUCAGAUUUCGCAGCUUGGGAACGUGCGGCGAAGGCCUUCAUGACCACUGACACUUUCCCAAAACUCCGUGCUCGGACUUUCAGCCUGGGCGGACAGACGUUCCGUAUGGCUGGCAUGGACAAGGGCGCCGGCAUGAUCCAUCCUGACAUGGGUCCUCCUACUAGAUCUGGCCAACUUCACGCUACGCUACUGGGUUGUAUCCUGACGGAUGCCGCUGUUUCCCCGCAAGCCCUCCAGUCUGCGCUCACGCAUGCAGUUGACCGUUCCUUCAACUCUAUCAGUGUGGAUGGAGACAUGUCCACGAAUGAUACUAUCGUUGUUCUCGCUAACGGUGCUGCUGCUGGAGAGACCAAGGAGAUCGAGGAGCACGAUCCUCUGUUCCCGGCAUUCCGUGAUGAACUCACGUCAUUCGCUGCUGAGCUGGCUCAACUCGUGGUUCGCGAUGGUGAAGGCGCAACCAAAUUUGUCACGGUUUCUGUCGAGGGAGCACCAACAUUUACUGAUGCCCAUCGCGUCGCAUCAAAGAUCAGUACAUCAGCAUUAGUGAAGACCGCAUUGUACGGCGAAGAUGCCAACUGGGGCCGUAUCCUUGCAGCAACUGGCUCUGUCCCACUCUCCACGCCCAUCGACCCCUACCGCGUGAACGUCACUUUCGUUCCCGCAGACGGCAGUACUCCGCUCCCUGUUCUAGUGCGUGGUGAGCCCGAGCUAGUGGAUGAAGUGCGCGCAAAGGAGAUCUUGAGCGAAGAAGACUUUGAAAUCAAGGUAGAUCUCGGCCUCGGCAGUGAAAGCGCCCAAUAUUGGACGUGCGACUUCAGCUAUGAGUACGUGCGGAUCAACGGAGAUUACAGGAGUUGAAUGUUGAACGAAUUGUCUGCUGUAUUUGUCGGAUAUCAAUGGAUUUCUAAUUGCUGUUGGGGGUAUCGGAUUUACAGAUGUCGAUUUGAUUUCGGAUAUACUAUCAACAGUGUCAUUAACCUGCGGCCGUGCCUUUGAUGGUCACCGCGCGAUCAUACCAGGGAUAUACAGAGAACAUUUUUGUGUGAAGAUCAUUAUGGUGCCUGCCAGCCCUUAAUUCAUGGGAGGUUAGGGCGCAUGCCGUGUUGCGUCUGGAGAAACUUACACCCAGAAAGAUA